AUCCUCUUCAUCCACAUGGUGAUCAACGACGCCUUGCAGCUGACUGUCACCGUCACACUCUUUGUCCUCAGCUACAUCUUCUACAAAAUCAACGUGUCCUUCUGCUGCUUCUUCAUUCUGGUGGCUGUCUUCACCACCAGGAACACGCCGGUCAAUCUGGCGGGAAUGGCCAUCGAGCGUUACAUUGCCGUGUGCGUGCCGCUGCGCCACGCUCAGAUCUGCACCGUCCGGAGGACGUACCUUCUAAUUGGAAUCAUCUGGUUCUUCUGCGUGGCUCCAGACAUCACCGACUUGUUUGUGACUCUGGCCACCGAGUCCCUCGGCUUCUUCCACGAGUCGGUCUUCUGUCUGAGGCAGAACAUCUUCAGAGACCCCGUGCUGGCCCAAAAGAGACAGGCCUUUGACAUCAUCUACUUCUCCUGCGUCUGUCUCACCCUCAUCUUCACCUACUUCCGAAUUCUGUUUGUUGCCCGGGCCAUCUCCAGUGAGGGGACAUCCGCUCAGACCGCCAGGAACACCAUCCUUCUGCACGGCCUCCAGCUGGCCAUGUGCCUGCUCUCCUACGUCUCGCCCAGCGUGGAGCUGAUUCUUCACCUCAUCUUCCCAGGAUACAUCCUCGAGAUUCGCUUUGCCAACUACCUGAUCGUCUACAUCCUCCCACGCUUUCUCAGCCCCAUUAUCUACGGCGUCCGAGACAGAAAGUUUAGGAGGUACUUCAAAAUGUACCUAUUGAGCCGAGGCUGCGCAGAGAAGUUCCAGAGGGUGGCGCCGCAGCGCAAAGACCUAAUGAGACAUCAGGUUCCACGGAAGACCUGAUGAUGGAGAUCAAAGAAGAUAUCCAGGGAAAUCCAGGGGAGAAGAAGUUGAGUGAAACAGUGGCCCCCUACUGGAUUAUAAUGAAACUGUUUCCACUUC